AUGCUGCUCUCCAAGUUCGGCUCCCUGGCGCACCUGUGUGGGCCCGGCGGUGUGGACCAUCUCCCGGUGAAAAUCCUGCAGCCAGCCAAGGCGGACAAGGAGAGCUUCGAGAAGGUGUACCAGGUGGGCGCCGUGCUGGGCAGCGGCGGCUUCGGCACCGUCUAUGCGGGCAGCCGCUUGGCUGAUGGGCUCCCGGUGGCCGUGAAGCACGUGGUGAAGGAGCGAGUGACCGAGUGGGGCAGCGUGGGCGGCGCGGCCGUGCCUCUCGAGGUGGUCCUGCUGCGCAAGGUGGGCGCGGCGGGCGGCGCGCGCGGCGUCAUCCGGCUGCUGGACUGGUUCGAGCGGCCCGACGGCUUCCUGCUGGUGCUGGAGCGGCCGGAGCCGGCGCAGGACCUCUUCGACUUCAUCACGGAGCGCGGCGCGCUGGCCGAGCCCCUGGCGCGGCGCUUCUUCGCGCAGGUGCUGGCCGCCGUGCGCCACUGCCACGCUUGCGGGGUCGUGCACCGCGACAUCAAGGACGAGAACCUGCUGGUGGACCUGCGCUCGGGCGAGCUGAAGCUCAUCGACUUCGGCUCGGGGGCGCUGCUCAAGGACACAGUCUACACGGACUUCGAUGGUACCCGGGUGUACAGCCCCCCGGAGUGGAUCCGCUACCACCGCUACCAUGGGCGGUCGGCCACUGUGUGGUCCUUGGGCGUGCUGCUGUAUGACAUGGUGUGCGGGGACAUCCCCUUCGAGCAGGACGAGGAGAUCGCCCGCGGCCGCCUCUUCUUCCGCAGGAGGCUCUCACCGGAGUGCCAGCAGCUGAUUGAGUGGUGUCUGUCCCUGCGGCCUUCGGAGCGGCCCACCCUGGACCAGAUCGCUGCCCACCCCUGGAUGCUGGAGGCCGACUGUGCCCUGGAGAGCUGUGACCUGCGCCCCGGCCCCAUGGACCCUGACGACGGUGCCAGCACCACCUCGAGCAGCGAGAGCUUGUGAGGGAAGAGUGCCAGUGGGCCUGCCAGGCGGUCAGAGGGACCACCUGCCUUGCCCGGCCUGCUGGCCCUUGGAGAAACACGAGGGCCCCGACGGCCUGGGCUCCCUUCCCUUUGAGUGCCUUUUCCAACACCGCGCCCCUAGGACAUGGCGCCCCAGAGGGUUCCCGCCACUGAGGCCUGGCUGCCCUGCAGAGGGGGCACCUGAGGCCUCAGGCGGGCCUGCCCUGAGACCAAGACCCUCCACGCUCCAGGAGGCCACCGACCUCUGAUGCGACGCCCCACACCUCCCGGUUCGCCCUGUCUCUGCCUGCGGCCCAGAGAAGGUCCCGAGUCUUUG